AAGUGUCCAGACUGGAAGAGGGGGGGAAAGUGUCCGGACUGGAAGGGGGUGAAAGUGUCUGGACUGGAAGGGGGGGGAAAGUGUCCGGACAGGAAGGGGGUGAAAGUGUCCGGACUGGAAGGGGGUGAAAGUGUCCGGACUGGAAGGGGGGGUGAAAGUGUCCGGACAGGAAGGGGGGGAAAGUGUCCGGACUGGAAGGGGGGGAAAGUGUCCGGACUGGAAGGGGUGAAAGUGUCCGGACUGGAAGGGGGUGAAAGUGUCCGGACUGGAAGAGGGGGUGAAAGUGUCCGGACAGGAAGCGGGUGAAAGUGUCCGGACUGGAAGGGGGGGAAAGUGUCCGUACUGGAAGGGGGGGAAAGUGUCCGGACUGGAAGGGGGUGAAAGUGUCCGGACUGGAAGGGGGUGAAAGUGUCCCGGACAGGAAGGGGGUGAAAGUGUCCGGACAGGAAGGGGGUGAAAGUGUCCGGACUGGAAGGGGGUGAAAGUGUCCGGACUGGAAGGGGGUGAAAGUGUCCGGACA